GUAGAGAUUAACAAAAUGGCGUCAGUCUAAACAUUUUGUAAAAAUGGCGGAGGAAGUUGAGAUGCUUUGCAAAGAUGUAUUUGCCAUUACUUCAAGAUUGUUUGACCACAAGGCUGUUACAAGAGCGGAAUCAAAAUAUUUAGUUCGAGAACUGGAACUUAAAAAAAGCAAAGACAGCUUGAAGAUCUUUCAAGACGUGGUUCAUCAAUCAGAAAAAACAAAAUCCAGAAUACCAGAAUGCAUUGACCUCAUAAAUGAAAGAGUUGAGAAGGUUCAUACACUUGUUGUUUCCGCUGCUUCAAACGCUUUAGAUGUAUUGUCCUCAGGUGGUAACAAUGAUGACGAAACGCGAGAGGAUCUCAAAAAAAAGCGGGAGAAAGAAUGGGAAGAAUUUAUGAAAGAAAUGAAUCAAGCUCAAGCAAACGUACUGGAAAAGCACCGUGAGAGAAUGGCUGAACUAGACACAAAGGAAGAUAAAGAAAUCUAAAUUAUAUUGCUUUCUGGAUUUUCCAGGUUUAACACAGAGGUUACAGUUUGUACUUCGUUGUCUUCUACAAAAUUCAAUCAAUCAGUCAAACCUUUAUAUAUAAUGCACCUAAAUUUGUUUCUGUUUGUUUCUGUUUUGUUUUUUAACUUUUAAAUUGCAUUUUAUCGUUAUCAAAAUAAUUAAAUAACAAUUUUUAGGAGAGGGACAGUGUUGUUCUAAGUCUUUUAUUAUGUCAUAAAAGGAACCAAAUCAUGUUUUUUGCUUCAUUAGAUUGCCCAAAAUUUGAUUUUCUGGUAAAUACAAACGAAUAGGUGGCUUAUCACGUGUGAAAAUUUUCUAGAAUGAUUUGUUUUGAUGAAAUAAAGUUAUGUUGUAAGCAAAUCCUAUCAGAAGUUAUUACACUUCGUCGAUUAAAAAGAUUUCAUAGAAAUUUAAGGUGUGAUUUUUGCAUAUUAGCCUAAUUGUUCUCUAUAAGAAAUUUAAAAAGGAUUAAAGGGGGCAAGAUUGUAAAAAAAUGACAGAAAGGAAGAUUAUAAGCCCCCAUAUAUGUAUAGAGUUAAAUCUUCACACAUAGCUUCAUAUUAUAUGUUUUUGUCAUACUGUGUUUCUUUAUCUAUUGUAUCAACAUACAAUUUACCUUAUGAUUAUAUAGUUAAAUAUGACUAGAAUAUAUUAUUUUAGAACAGUCAUUUUUUAAAUCUGUGUAUUUGUUAGAGUGUGUCCUCAGAGGGCCAUUUAUUUGUUUACUUACAAAAUAAUUACAAUACUUAUCCCGA